AUGGAUGUGAUCCUUCUCCUGUGGUUGCAUGGAUUUGGGAUCUGGGGCUUUGUAGAAGUCAAGUCUUGGGGAGCUGGCAACGCAAGUAGAGCUCACUCCAUGACAUGCUCCCACCCCAGUCCCAGGGCAGCCAAGGUGCCGGGGCUGCUGCUGGCACCGUCACUGUCCCCAUAGGUACCCAAAGCCACUCCCUGGGCUGUGCCUUUUCUCCUCUUCAUGCCAAGCAGGCAGCAUUUCAACUGGGACACCAGUCACCGCUGUGACUGUCUCACCCCCUUGGAGAUGGCCAUGCUGGCUCAGAGCGUUCUAGUGACGGGGUCCAACCGGGGCAUUGGGCUGGAGCUGGUGAGGCAGCUCGCCGCCAGCCCCCAGCCCCCACAGCACAUCUUUGCCACCUGCCGUGAUGCCACUGGUCCAAGAGGGAAGGCCCUGCAAGAAUUAGCUGCCCGGCACCCCAACAUCAAGCUGAUCCAGCUAGACACGGUGGACUUGCCCAGCAUCCGCGGAGCCGUGCAGGCUGUGGAGACUCAUCUGGAGGGCCAGGGCUUGAACCUGCUCAUCAACAAUGCUGGCGUUGGCUCGCAGGCCACGCUGCAGUCUGUGGAUGCACAGGAGAUGCUCACCACGUUUGCAGUCAAUGUGGUUGGGCCCCUGCAGGUUGCCAAGGAGUUCCUGCCACUCUUGGAGAAGGCAGCAAAAGAUGCAGGGACGGAGGGGCUGAGCUGCAGCAGGGCAGCCAUCAUCAAUAUGUCUUCCAAAGUGGGCUCCAUCGGGCUUUGUCUUGGUGUGCUGGAGGCCCCCAUGUACCCAUACCGUGCCAGCAAGGCUGCCCAGAACAUGGUGACCAGGUGCCUGGCUGCAGAGCUCAGGGACAAAGGGAUCUUGUGUGCGGCGAUCCAUCCUGGCUGGGUGAAGACUGACAUGGGGACAGAGCAGGCACCCAUGACAGUGGAGCGCAGCAUGCAGGGCAUUCUGGAGGUGCUGGGCAGCCUUUCACAGGAGGCCUGUGGGGCCUUCCUGGACUGGGAAGGGAACUGCCUGCCCUGGUGA